CUCUUCCCAGCUUCUACACAUCAAACACUCUUGCAACUACUAAUUACCACUCCUGCAUUUCACUCCCAAAUUUCCCAAGCAAAAGAAAGACAAUCGUGCUUACAAAGAUGACCAAAUUGGCUUUCUUCUGCUUCUCACUUCUACUCUUUUUUCUUUGCCUUGGCACCACAACUUUAGCACAGCCAGCUCAGGCCCCGGCCCUGCCUGCCUCUGCCCCAUUAACUCACCCUCCUACUACCUCGUCACCAAGCACCGUCGACAUCACCAAAAUCCUCCAAGGGGCGGGAGAAUUCUCCAUCCUAAUCCGCCUCCUAAAGCGGACUGCAGUGGCUGAUCAAAUCAAAGGACAACUCAAAAAAUCAAACAAUGGCUUUACCCUUUUUGCUCCAACCGAUACUGCAUUUUCCAACCUCAAAUCUGGCACUCUAAAUUCUCUCGGUGACGAAGAAAAGAUCCGACUUAUUCAGUUUCAUACCUUACCCAGUUUUUAUUCUCUAUCAAACUUCGACACCGUGAGCAACCCAGUGCGAACACAAGCAGGAGACAGCACCCCAGGGGAAUACCCACUAAAUGUGACCUCUAUGGGAAACCAAGUAAAUAUUUCGACCGGUGUAGUCAAUGCCUCAGUGAGCGGAACUGUAUAUUCUGAUAAUCGUCUUGCUGUUUAUCGAGUGGACAAAGUGCUUCUUCCCAUGGAUCUUUUCGUUGCGAAGACUCCCAUAGCAGCCCCAGCGCCAGCCCCAACCAAGCCUAAGGCUAAGAAGAAGAAAGCAGCAGCCAGUCCAGAGGCUGUAGCAGCAGACGACACUCCGAAGGCAGCAGAGAGUCCAAAGGCCGCAAGCACAAGCACAGGCACAGCAACUAGUACCAGUAAUAGUAAUCCUACAGUGGUUGAUUCUGGUGCAGUAAGUCCGAAAAAGCAUGGAAUAAUGGUACUGUCCGUUGGAGUUACUGUUUUGAUUGCUGCAUUUUCUAUGUGACAAAACAGAUGAAAACUUCAUGAUCAUAAGCACCAGCAGGAUCUAUUUUUGUGGGGUCUAGUUGUCUAUUACGGUAUGAUUUUGCUGCUUUGGUUUGAAGAGUCGUCGCAAUCACCUAGUGCUUGCAAAUAAUCAAAUAAUUGUCAUAUUCAUGUUGUACUUAAUAGUUGUGUUUUCCUUGAUAUGUACAUGUUGUGUCCUUUUCAUUUUCGAGCUUCUUUUUGUAAAUUUGAGUAAUUAUCUUGUAUCAAUUUCCAAGAAAAAUUAUAUAUCUAUAUCCAUUGGCUUGAGCAUUAAUAUUA